UGACUCUGGCCACAAGUUUAAAAACUUUGAGACAGACAGAGACAGCGAGUCGGACGUCCUGAGUGACGGAGGGGAAUCGAACUCCGGACAAACCGCUGCACCGCACACUCCAAACAAGACGUGUUGUCUUUAGAGCGGCUGAGUCACUGGAUCUGCUCCGAGGGAAUAUCCGGUUUUCUUUCUCUCCCUCCUUCUCCCUCCUCUCACCUCGAUGCUGUGCUCUGGGAUCUCUGCUCCUAACCCGUCUCGUUCUUCUCCUCAUCUUCCUCAUCUUCCUCAUCUUCCUCAUCUUCCUCAGCCCAAACGCUUUGAGUUACUCUUCUUCUCCAGAACUUUGCAGCCCAACAGACUGGGACAGACGUUUGAACAGUUUCUGUUGGACUAAGCGGAUUCAGAGACCGGUCUUGGGAUGAGUUUACCGGAGCCCAGGUUGUCCAGAGAGACCGUUCUGACUCUCGGGGGUCACUGGACGUCCAGAACCCCGAGUCCCACUUCUGAUUCUGAGAUGGGUUUUGAGCGGACCCUGUCCGAGGACUGCGGCUCCCCCGACGGCCUCGGAGCCGGGAGCGUGAGGAGAACCGAACCGAGGAUCUCUCUGACCCCCGGUUCAGGGGGACAGAGCCCGGACCUGACCCAGGCGGGAGGGGGGUCGGUGGGCACGGCCGACGGGAAGGUGGUGGGGGGGGAGCAGAGGAUCCGCAGACCCAUGAACGCCUUCAUGGUUUGGGCCAAAGACGAGAGGAAGAGACUUGCGCUGCAGAACCCGGACCUUCACAACGCGGUGCUCAGCAAGAUGCUCGGUCAGUCGUGGAAGAACCUGAGCUCCACAGACAAGCGUCCGUUCGUGGAGGAGGCCGAGCGGCUGCGUGUGCAGCACCUCACGGAUCACCCCCACUACAAGUACCGGCCUCGCAGGAAGAAGGCCACCAAGAAGCUGAAGAGGGUCGAACCGGGGGUCCUGCUUCACAGCCUGGCCCAGGGGGGGGCCGCCGGCCUGGGGCUGGGACCUGACGGUGUCUCCGGAGGUUCUGCAUAUGGACACCCUCUGCCCCACCCCCACCCCCACCACCUGCUGCCCUCUCUGGGUCACUUCAGGGACCUGCAGGCCCCGGGACACCCGGAGCUGGACAGCUAUGGCUUGCCCACCCCGGAGAUGUCCCCUCUGGAUGUCCUGGAAGAUGGAGAGUCUGUGUUUUUCCCCCAACACAUCCAAGAGGAGGGGGUGAUGGGAGGUUGGAGCGGGUACCAGCACCACCACCACCACCACCUCCACCAUCCUAACCAGCAUUACAGUCCCCACUACAGCAGCCCCCACGGCUCGGUGCACACUCAGGGCUCCGGGAUGAUCUGUCCUGCCGAGUCCAGCCUGAGCUCCAGCAGGUUGAACCCGUCCCAUGCGUCCUGUCACCACGUCACGUUACGCAGUCCAGUGAAGUGCCCCCCCACUCUGUCCCCCUCCCCUGCAUCCUACCCCCCGCCCUCCAUCAGCCUGUCAGAGCCAAUGAAAUGCCACCAAACCCCCCUGAGCUCCGCCCCCGUCGGCUACUUCAGUCAGAUGUGUGGGAACUCAGCUCAUGGCACCGCCCACUUCCCCCCCUCUCACCUGGGGCAGCUGUCCCCUCCCCCUGAGUCCCCCUCCUCUGCCUCCGUCCCUCCAUCUUCUUUUCUUUCUCACGUGGACCCGUCCAACCCGGAGUCCAGUGGACACCUGGGCUCCUCCUCCGCUGACUUCUGGUCUGAGGUGGACAGACACGAGUUCGACCAGUACGUGAAUACUGGGAGGAGCCGAGACGAGGCCUUCGGACUGGGUGUCGGCUGUGGGGGCGGGUCCAAAGCCCCGGGUGGGCGCAGCAGCAUCAUGAGCAGGGACGCCAUGUUGAGUGCGUGUGAUGACGGCAGCACCCCCCUGAUCUCCGCCCUGUCGGACGCCAGCAGCGCCGUUUACUACAGCGCCUGCAUCACUGGAUAAACUCCUCCUCCUCCGUGGCCACACC